CCGGGUCUUCUCCCUUUCCUCGCCGGCUCUCGUCACUGCGGUCCUCACGUGCAGGUGCCGGUCGGGGAAGGCGCUCGGCCGCGGGGCUGAGUCCCUCGGCCCGCCGAGCAUGAAGUGUCACUACGAAGUGCUGGGUGUGAAACGCGACGCGUCCGAUGAAGACCUCAAGCGAGCCUACCGGAAGCUGGCCCUCCGUUGGCAUCCAGAUAAAAAUCUAGACAACGCUGAGGAAGCAGCAGAACAGUUCAAGCUGAUCCAGGCUGCCUAUGAUGUGCUGAGUGAUGCACAGGAGAGAGUGUGGUACGACAAUCACAGGGAAGCUCUCUUGAAAGGAGGCAUCGAUGGAGGCUAUCAAGACAACAGUCUGGAUUUGCUCCAAUACUUCACCGUUACGUGCUAUUCUGGCUAUGAAGAUGAUAAAAAGGGGUUCUAUGCAGUGUAUCGGCACAUCUUCGAAAUGAUUGCCAAGGAAGAAGAGGAAUCCAUAGUAGAAGACGACUUUGAAGGGUUUCCAAGCUUCGGAGAUUCCCAGAGUGACUAUGAUACGGUAGUCCAUUGUUUUUAUGGGUACUGGCAGAGUUUUUGUACACAGAAGAAUUUUGCAUGGAAGGAAGAGUAUGACACUCGGCAGGCGUCCAACCGCUGGGAAAAGCGGGCCAUGGAAAAGGAGAACAAGAAGACCCGAGACAAAGCAAGGAAGGAGCGGAACGAACUGGUCCGUGAACUGGUGGCCUUUGUGCGGAAAAGAGACAAGCGAGUGCAGGCCCACCGGAAGCUUUUAGAAGAGCAGAAUGCAGAGAAAGCUAAGAAAUCAGAAGAGCUCCGGAGGCAACAGAAACUGAAACAGGCCAAGCUGGCGGAGCAGUACAAGGAGCAGAGCUGGAUUACCAUGUCUGACCUAGAGCGAGAACUACAACAGAUGGAAGCUCAGUAUGAAAAGGAAUUUGGAGACGGGUCUGACGAGGAAGAAGAGGAAAAAGAAGAGAGGAAAGAGAACCAAGAAGAGGACAAAUUAAGUGAAGAACACGAUGCUGCUAACCUUUUUGAUGAUGACCUCUAUUGUCCUGCUUGUGAUAAAUCCUUUAAGACAGAGAAAGCGAUGAAGAACCACGAGAAGUCCAAGAAGCACCGGGAGAUAGUGGCUUUGCUCCGACAGCAGUUGGAAGAAGAGGAAGAAGCAUUUUCUGUCUCCACAGUUGAUGAGAAUGGAUGGAACAGCGAAGAGGAGGCAGAAGAACCAGUGCCCAAACAAAAGUUGUCAAAGAAACAGCGAAGAAAGCAAAGAACAGCAGGCACCCCAGAGGAUCCUUCCAAUGACAGUAGCCCUGAGCAGCAAGUCGAAGAGGCAAGUCCUGUUUGCAGCAAUGACCCAGAGAGGGUGUCUGAAGAAUCAGAAAAUGUCAGCAAAAGCCAUAAUUCAGAUGAUGUUGAGGAAAUUUCAGCACCUACAGCAGAAUCCAAAACUGAGGUGAAAAGCAAUCCUAAAGGCAAAGGAAAGAAAGCAAAAGAAGCCAAGAAAACAUCCCCAAAAGUUUCUUCAGAGCACCAGGUAAAGCCUGAAGGCCCCCUGCAGUGUGUUACCUGCAGCUGUGAAUUUCAGUCACGGAACAAAUUGUUUGAACAUCUGAAAGCCACGGGGCACGCCAAAGCCGUAGCCACCUCCACUGCCAACACAGCCAUCAGCAGCAGAAGCAAGAAAGAGAAGCGGAGAAACAGAUAGGGUUUCUGGAAAGCAUCGAGAACUGUGGGGCUAAUCAACUUUGUCACAUCCAAAAAAGGCACCUUGUUGACCCAAAGAGAGAAACAGGCUUUCCCCGUGUAAUUUAACCGGGAUGAAGACUGCUGGGUCCAGCCAUAAACAGAGCAGAAAAGCAUUUACACCUGUGCAGUACCUGGUAUCUGUUUGUGUCUGUAUUUUGUUUCAUAAAAUUGGGCUAAAACCCUGGAUUGUUCAUAGCUGCUCCUUGGAUUUGUAAAAACCUAUAUAUACAGGCAAAGGAAAUAAAUUAUUUUACUGUA